GAAACAUUAGUCCAUACAACGUCAUUCAGUGACCUAAAAUGGCGGAUUCGCAGUCAGAGGUGGAUGUCUUGGUCCAAAGAGUAGUUAAAGACAUUACUAAUGCAUUUAAGAGGAACCCUAAUAUUGAUGAGUUUGGUGUGAUUCCGUGCCCGGAGGGACGAUACAAUCGCAGCCCCAUCGUGGUGGUGGAGAACAAAUUGGGUGUUGAAAGCUGGUGUGUCAAAUUUUUGCUGCCAUAUGUACACAACAAGCUGUUACUCUACCGCCAGAGGAAGCACAGGCUGGAUAAGGAAGCUCUAGUGGAUAUAACAUCCACCCUGUUGUUGCUUAAUCCUGACUUCACCACUGCAUGGAAUGUCAGGAAGGAGUUGAUUCAGAGUGGAGUUCUUAAUGCAGAAAAGGAUCUAUACCUUGGCAAGUUGGCGCUUACUAAAUUCCCGAAGAGUCCGGAGACCUGGAUACAUCGACGCUGGGUAUUGCAGCAAAUCCUGAUGCGUUACUCAGCUGCAGAUGGUAGUGGAAAGCAGUCGGAGGGUGAAACCGAGCAGGCAGAUGUAGAAAGGAACCAGCAAUCAAGUUACCAACUUGCUCAAAUGCUUCACCAAGAGCUAAAGGUCUGCUCCGAUGCUGCAUGUAGUUAUCCCAGCAACUACAAUGCAUGGUCCCACCGCAUUUGGGUGCUGCAACACAUGGCCAAAGGCAAUAUCAAGGUUUUCCAUGAUGAGCUUUCCACCAUGCGUCAAUGGGUGUCAAUGCAUGUAUCAGACCACAGCGGCUUUCACUACCGCCAAUAUCUGCUCAAGGAGUUGAUCGAAGAGUUUUCUCUGACACCAGCUCCCAGCAGAAAAUGUUCACCCCAGCAUCAUUCCAGGACAGUGCCCAACAACUGCCUCUUACGCUCCAUCAAUGUUCUGGCUAAUGGUGAACAGUUGGGAAUAGAGACAAUGGAUGAAGAUAAGGAGCUUGAAUUAGCAAAACUGUUUGAGCUCUUCUAUCAGGAAAUGGAACUUUGCUCAGACCUGAUCCGGUCCUUCCCGGGCCACGAGACCCUGUGGAGUCACAGGCGGCAUGUCUUCUAUUUGUGGCACCAAUGGAGGUGGGAACACCAGCUGUACUACUUCGACAGUAAUGGAGAGGCUGUCCUCCAUAAUGGUGACACAGCCCAACUGAAGCCAGGUGCUCAAAGCCGUGAAGAUUGGGGAGCAGGCACUAUGGAGGUAGAUGGCAUAGCUUUGCCUCGUGACAGCAAGCGUCUGAAAAGGGGUCUCCGUCUGUCAAGCCUCCCCAGCCUGUCCUCAGAGUCCACAUUUCUUAGCGCUAUCCUGGACAGGCAAUGUAACCCAGAGCAGAGACACUUUGGCCUGGCAUACAAAAAGUGGUUAGACUCAGUAAUUGGUAAGGAGCUUUGAGAAAAAUGUUAAUAGAUCCAUUCUUUUGAAUAGUAACAUUAGAGACCCUGUAAAGUGAAAACACAUCUCAUAAAUUUGACACAACACAAAAAAGGUGUUAAUCUCAAAUAUAAAAUAGUUUUGAAAAAAUUUCCUAGUAUAUAAAAUAAGGCUCCAAAAUUGUGGAGGUUUAACAGAUAUAUUUAGGAACCAAUCACUGAAAUCACAUUACAGGGUCUUUAAAUUUGCCUUUUAGUGCUGUCUAACUAAUAUUCUGAUGCAGUGCUGCCAUUAGGAACCAAGCAUAGUAAGACAUAGUUUGUCAGAUUUCUCGUUUUUUUUUUUUUUUUAAAUCAACAGUCACAAAAGAGAAUGUGGUUCUUUUUUGUGCCAUCAUUCCAUAUUUUAUUAAUCAAUAGCAUCCACUUUGUCUCUUAUGUCCUUCGUGUCUUUAGUCGUAACACUUCAAUAUUGGAAAUUUCACACCCGAUGCAUGCUUUGUUGUUUCACUACCUUUCACUCACAUUCAUUUCAGUGCUGUUAAUGCAUCAUUUGAAAAGUAUACAUGACUAAAAGUGUAGUUACAUCUAAUAAUGACAUUUUUGCUUCAUUCUGACAUUUAACUCAUUACAGUUGAACCGUUUAAUUUGAAGUUGCGACUGUGAAGUUCCUCUGGUUUUUUGCAGAAGGGACUCAAUCCAUUUAAAGAUUGACAGUAUUGUCACAUUUCUGUUUUGGACUUCUGUGAGACUAAUUGUGGAGUCUUGCAGCUCUAUUGUGCAAUCUCUCCUAUAAUGGAGUAAGGUAUGAACAAUCAUUUUUACUUUUGCUUUAAAGCGUCACCAUUUUGAGCACAGCAUACAACACCUUGAGUGACACGAGAGCGGGGGGUAACUUGUUUAUCGCCCAAGGGAGGUUUAGAGUUCAAAUGCCUUGCUGAAGGAUAGCACAUCAGUGAAGUACGAGGCGAAGCCCACUUCACCAUAUAAGAUAUUACUACAGCUGUUGUUUCAGGUUUGUACGUACUGUGUAACACUGAAUUGAUUAUUUUGAACAAUUCCUAAAUUGUCAUUGUUUUGGAGGUACCGCACUUGGGCAACAAUGUAGCUUUAGCUUUUUCUUUGUUCGUAUGUUUGUUUGUUUUGUUACAAUUUUAUGGUUUUUUUUUUUGUUUGUUUUUUAUUCUACAACUGGUGGCAUAAAACUGCAUUACCAGGUGGCAGGUGUCUGCUCUGUCUUCAUAGGUCAUCUCAAUCAAAUGUUUAUAUAUAAGUAGAAUGAAACCUACAUGCAUUUGAUUUCGCUGAAAUAAGAUUGUUACAUUAUGUUUAGGAUAAAAAUCAGUUUUUCAUACAAGUAAUUUCUCACAAGAGCUGUGGUAGCUCAAUGUUAUAUAAUCACAUUUGGGUUCAGAGUUUUGGUCGUCAGAAAUGUAUUUAGUUGCACAACGCUGCUGUUGGUUUUAAAAGACACUACAGUUUUGUUUGUUUGCAAAAAAGAUUAUACCUUAUGUAAAUUGUGUAAAACAAAAACACACACAUUGGGUAUACACAAGUCAUUUUUGUGUAAAAUACCAACUUGAUAUUUAUAUUAUUUGAAAAAAAGUCCAAGGGUGAGUUGUUGAAGCAAUGCAUGAUCAAUAGUGAGUUUUAUUUUAAGACCAUAGCUAUACACUCACCGGCCACUUUAUUAGGUACACCUGUCCAACAGCUCGUUAACCCUUAAUUUCCAAUCAGCCAAUCACAUUACGGCAACUCAGGGCAUUUAGGCAUGUAGACAUGGUUUAAGACAAUCUCCUGCAGUUCAAACCGAGCAUCAGUAUGGGGUGAUUUGAGUGACUUUGAACAUGGCAUGGUUGUUGGUGCCAGAAGGGCUGGUCUGAGUAUUUCAGAAACAGCUGAUCUACUGGGAUUUUCACGCACAACCAUCUCCAUGGUUUACAGAGAAUGGUCCGAAAAAGAAAAAAUAUCCAGUGAGCGGCAGUUCUUUGGGCGGAAAUGCCUUGUUGAUGCCAGAGGUCAGAGGAAAAUGGCCAGACUGGUUCGAGCUGAUAGAAAGGCAACAGUGACUCAAAUAACCACCCGUUACAACCAAGGUAGGCAGAAGAGCAUCUCUGAACGCACAUUACGUCAAACUUUGAGGCAGAUGGGCUACAGCAGCAGAAGACCACGCCGGGUGCCACUCCUUUCAGCUAAGAACAGGAAACUGAGGCUACAAUUUGCACAAGUUCAUCGAAAUUGGACAAUAGAAGAUUGGAAAAACGUUGCCUGGUCUGAUGAGUCUCGAUUUCUACAGCGACAUUCGGAUGGUACGGUCAGAAUUUGGCCUUAACAACAUGAAAGCAUGGAUUCAUCCUGCCUUGUAUCAACAGUUCAGGCUAGUGGUGGUGGUGUAAUGGUGUGGGGAAUAUUUUCUUGGCACUCUUUGGGCCCCUUGGUACCAAUUGAGCAUCGUUGGAACGCCACAGCCUACCUGAGUAUUGUUGCUGACCAUGUCCAUCCCUUUAUGACCACAAUGUACUCAACUUCUGAUGGCUACUUUCAGCAGGAUAAUGCGCCAUGUCAUAAAGCUGGGAUCAUCUCAGACUGGUUUCUUGAACAUGACAAUGAGUUCACUGUACUCAAAUGGCCUCCACAGUCACCAGAUCUCAAUCCAAUAGAGCAUCUUUGGUGGAACGAGAGAUUCGCAUCAUGGAUGUGCAGCCGACAAAUCUGCACCAACUGUGUGAUGCCAUCAUGUCAAUAUGGACCAAACUCUCUGAGGAAUGCUUCCAGCACCUUGUUGAAUCUAUGCCACAAAGAAUUGAGGCAGUUCUGAAGGCAAAAGGGGGUCCAACCAGUUACUAGCAUGGUGUACCUAAUAAAGUGGAAGUGAGUGUAUAUAGUGGAUUUUGAGACCAUUGGGGACUUUGCACAUAGAACUCGGGUAAGUGGAUAUAAAAAGUAACAUCCCAUCUCAAAUGCCAGAUUUUAGUAAUUUCCAUUGAAAAAAAAAAAGACACACCAUACUUUUCGGACUUCAUUCACACCAGACCCUAGUCAGUUAACUGCAUGUGUCCACAAUGUCUCAUCUCGUGGCAUAUUUACACAGAAAGAUUUUACACAACCAGAUUUGAUUGAUCAAAAAUAUCUUUACUAACCAGUAACAUCAACAAAAAGGGCUUCUCAACUCAUUUAUACUUGGCUGGCCUGCUGGCACUCACCCAAAAAGCACCACAAAUCCCUCUGGUCGAUUCACAGCCAGUCUGAAAUCACUACAACCCUAAUUAAGCAACCAAGUUGCUGCAACUAUGGAGAAUAAAAAUACAAUCAUCCUUACCUUGACUUGAUGCAGACAGAGCCCCAUAUGUCGAUAGUCCCAGAACUCCUCCAAAGUGUCUUUUUUUCCUAACCUCUGUUGAGUAUUGGUAGAAAACGGGUCACUUAUCUACCUUUUUAUGUUUUAAAUGCCUGGUAUUUAAACAUGAGUGGGGUAACUUUUUAUAUCCAUUUUAUUUGUCUUCUUUCUAAAUUAUAAAUUGGCCUUUUAAAGCAACCCUUUUAGAAAGUGUCUAAACCAAUAAAUCUUAUUGAACAAUUACAGUAUCCCCUAUUCACAAAUAUUAGUUUCAGAACGAAUGUGAAGUAUGCUUAAGGUACAAAAGAUGUACCCAGUGUGAGACAAGAUUGAUAGUGACGUGAAGGCAACAUUUGUUAGGUGAUGUGUUUUCAAGUUAUAAUGUGCUUCCAUGUAACAUUGAGUUUACUUUGUGUGCACCUAUGGGAAAAAAGUACAGUACAGGGUUAGCGUUCUAAUUACAUUCUGAGUAUUUUGCUGUGUAUUUUUGUUUGUUCUUAAUGAACUAAUGUAGCCAUAUCACACUUAAACAACUUACAGACACAUGAUUUUUUUUCACUCAAGACGAUCUUAAAGUGUUUUCUAAUGGUUCAAUAAGCUUUUAAAAACAAUAAUGUAGCCUUUUAUUUUAUUUUAUUUUUAAAUAAUUUAUUCUAUAUAGGCAACCAGUGGAGUGGGUACUUAAUAAUCUCACCGUUAGUUUUCUAUUUAUUUCUAGAAUUAAAGCAUUUUUGUCUUCACUUUUGGUGUAAUUUGUUUUAUUUUUAUUCUAACUUAGCGGUAUUUCUUCUGCUGCAUUCUACAGUAACUUUUGGCUUCUACAUAAAAUAUGCAAAUCUGAUUUUUUUU